AUGGCUCCCGUCGAAGGAAGCACCGUGCUGGUCACCGGCGGAGCCGGCUACAUCGGCUCGCACACCUGCCUGCAGCUUCUCGCCGCGGGAUGCAAGGUGGUGGUCGUGGAUAACCUCGACAACUCCUCCGAGGAGUCCCUGCGCCGCGUCAAGGAGCUCAUCCCCGACAAGGCCGACAACCUCGUCUUCCACAACUGCGACAUUCUCGAUCGCGAGGGGCUCGACAAGGCCUUCGCCGCGCAGAAGGUUGACGCCGUGAUCCACUUCGCGGGGCUCAAGGCGGUCGGCGAGUCCGUCGCCCAGCCCAUGAGGUACUACUCCAACAACAUCGUUGGUACCGUCGUCCUCAUCGAGGUCAUGGAGAAGCACGGGUGCAAGGCCAUGAUCUUCUCGUCUUCCGCGACCGUUUACGGCGAGCCCGCGACGGUCCCGUGCACCGAGGACUUCCCCACCGCGGCGCUCAACCCCUACGGCCGCACCAAGCUCUUCAUCGAGCACAUCCUCACCGACCUUCAGCACUCCAAGCCCGAUUGGCAGGUGGUGCUCCUGCGGUAUUUCAACCCCGUGGGCGCGCACCCGUCCGGCCGCAUCGGCGAGGACCCCAAGGGCAUCCCGAACAACCUGAUGCCCUACGUCCAGCAGGUCGCCGUCGGUCGCCGCGAGCGACUCUCCGUCUACGGCGACGACUACCCCACCCCCGACGGCACCGGCAAGCGCGAUUACAUCCACGUCAUGGACCUCGCCGACGGGCACGUGGCGGCGCUUCGGAAGGUGCGAAAUGAUCCGAACAGCGGCUGCAUCACCGUCAACCUCGGCACCGGCAAGAGCACCUCCGUGCUCGAGCUCGUGGCGGCAUUCGCCAAGGCGGCUGGCAAAGAAAUUCCGAUGCAAAUCGCCCCCAGGCGUCCGGGUGACGCGGCGGAGGUGUACGCAAAGACGGACCGAGCCAAGGAAGUGCUCGGGUGGGAGGCGAAGUUUUCCAUCGAGGAGUGCUGCGUGGACCAGUGGAAGUGGGCGUCCGAGAACCCCUACGGCUACGGGCAGGCCGAGUGA